CGAGCAGCUCAGACUCUCCCGAAGACGAUUCCCCUUCCGCUUCCAUUCUCGCUUCUACCCAAAAGGGCAAGGGAAAGGCCAAGGCGAAGCCGAUGUUUGAACUUGGCCCGCCCGAAGAUGAUGAGGAAGAGGAGUACAAUGAAAAGCCUUCCGAGCCGAAGAUCAAGUAAGUCACUUGACCUUUGACACACCCCAUUUUCUCAGUCUAUCUUAAUCUAUUAUAUGCUAAUAGCUCUCACAGGAAUGAAUCCCCUACCAUGCCCAAGAUGGGUUGGUUCUCAACUACUCCUCCGAAACCCCCGCGUCCGCAGCAUGCCACUUUGGCCAUUCCCAUUGUGCGCAAGAAGGGUGGAAGUGCCGCUGACGAGCUACUCCGUAUGGCCACUCGCUCCCCGGCUCGUCCCGGCUCGUCUCAAUCUCAAGCUUCUACCGGUAAUGGUAAUAGCAAUGACAGCGCUGGCUCCGAUUCCCCUGGCAGCUCCGGCUCGGGGAUUUUCCAUAUGGAACUCGACACUGAUGUCCGCGCCAAGCCCGCUCGUACUACGACUACUACCGCCGGACCAUCCACUCCGUCCAAGAAGCGCACUACUGCUACUACUGGCGGCACUUCCAAGCCUGCUAACCCUUCCGGCUCUAAUACCAAGACCGGCACCAAGUCCAGCCCUAACAAGACAUCUGGAUCUGCCGUCAAGACCGGCCGCGUUGAGAAGAACAAAUACUACGAGCCAGGUCCGCCGCGCUAUCAAGACCCACGCAGCCACAUGUUUGCCCCGAACUACUACCGCGGUCCUGUCAAUCCCUUUACCGAGAUGGCCGAGCAGUUUGAAGAUGAACGUGCCGCGCAAGCGGGCUGGUACAAUAGCCAGGCUAUCCCCUCUGCCCGCAUCAAGCGUGAAGCUACCAUCGACUAUGAAGAGGAGGAGGAAGAAGACGACAGUUAUGAUCCGAGUUUCUAGACCCUCAUUCCUCGACGUACCUAUCCCCUCUGCCUUGUCGUCCAGAGAUACAGUUUCUUAUUGAUAUCAACUGUCUUUUCUCGCCAGCGACAACGUAUGUGUCUUUGACAGAUACAUACAUGGUGAUGGUCUCGAGCAAGGAGGGUUGAAGAGAAUAAUAAUGCAGCUGGUCUGUAUUUACGACUCACGACACGCAACGGCUAGUGUUGCUUUACAUAUGCUCGCAUAUGCUUCGUCGAUUAAAUCAAUUAUUUCAUUUGUCUGGGAACUCUGGGGGCGU